GACUUUGGAAAACACCCGCAAACACGAGUUUUUGUUCAAGAAUACAUGCUAGCGGUUAAUUGUCAAAAUAAAGGAGAGAGUAUCAUUAGAAGUUUUGUUGAAUGCAUGCACGGUCUAGGAAGCACGUGUCCCCAUCCUAGAGUUAUACACAAUUUAGUUGCCAUCUGUGUCGCAGCCAUUUAUACCAUUUUCGAAAGCAGACGAUCAGCAUUUUUGGAAGUGAAUGAAGCAAAGAGCAGCUUAGAAGCGAGCAGCUACUUGGAAUGGGAAACUAAGUUGGAUUGCUUCACUUCAAUUUUUUCUGUAUUAGCAUCUUUUGAUGACUGGAGACCGUGUUUGGCAGAGCUGCUUCAGCCCAUUCCUUUUCAUGACGACGCUCUUGCCUGUGGGAGAUUUAUGUCGCAGUUGAAGGAUGUCAUUCGUCGCUUCGUGGAGGAUGAUAGAUGUGGAGUGCAUCAGAUGCUCUUGGGAGUUAGAGAGGAGAAAGAAGGGUGGUUCCAUUUGUACUGCCCUGGGAACAUCGCAUGCGACGAUGAUGGAGAUCUUUGGAGUGCUAUGUUAGAAAAGCUUUUGUCCUGUUGCUACAAGAGAAGAAAAUUCUUGCAAUCCCUUACGAAGAACCUCGGUCCAUGCAUGCUUAGAGCUCUGAGAGAUGACGAAACUUGCCAGCGGACAUUGUGUGCCUUGUUGGAAAUGGAUGUGGUCGAUAGCAGGGACCUCCAGCUGCAGCUGAUCACCACCCUACAGAGUACACCGAGCGGGAAGAAACACUACACUGUGCUAUGCGAGAAACAGAUGCAUUUACGCCAGCUGCAGCAAAAAGGCGGUCCGAAGAAAUUAGCUCUUCCUUCCAAGUCCACGGAUGCGGAUGUAUCACGUCUGCUGAACAGUGGCUCCUUCGGUGACUUAGAAUGUCUUUCUCUAGCUUUCACCCAAGUGACCAGCGCAUGUGCAGAGGAAAUCAUCAAGCUGUCAUCCUUACGAUACCUCAAUUUGUGGUCAACGCAAUUCGGUGAUUCCGGUUUGAGACUCCUGGCAGAGCAUCUUCCGAACCUACAGGUUCUCAAUCUGUGCGAGACACGGGUUACGGAUGGUGGGCUUGCCGCGCUCACAGCUAUGAAGAGCUUAAGGAAACUGAAUUUAAAUAGUACUAGUCUCACACCCGAGACUUUCGAAGGGCUAAAGAGAACUCUUCCAGUAUUGCAAGAAUGUGAUGUACGUUACACAGAUGCCUGGGGGUUUUAACGCACUACAGGG